AUGGCUCCUCGCAGAGUAUCCGGCGGACCCGUGGCGUUCCUCGGUCGAGCUUGGCAACUCGCAUUGUUUGUCACGCCAUUUCACCGAAUGUUUUUCAUCAAUGACCUUCAUAUCGCAUAUCCUCAUGCUGUACAUGAGAGGGUAUCUGUCCCCUGGCUGUUCAUAUAUGCCUUCUUCAUUCCCCUAGGCGUCCUCAUCCUCUACAACCUCACCGCCAGAUCGCCAAUCGUAAAGCAUGAAGUCACCUACCUCUCCUUUUUCAUAUCCAUAGUCCUCACAUUAUUUCUCACCGACGUGGUCAAGAACGCCGUGGGUCGACCUCGUCCUGACCUCCUGGAUCGAUGCCACCCGUCCCCUGGAACUAAAGAGAAUGUCUUGGUCACUAUCGAGGUCUGCACCGCUGGGGAAUCACACAAGUUACAGGAUGGAUGGCGAUCGUUUCCAUCUGGUCACUCAUCGUUCUCCUUUGCAGGAUUAGGCUUCUUGAGCCUGUUCCUUGCCGGACAAUUACACAUUUUCCAUCACCCAAUUGGAGGGAGGGAUCUAGGUAGAGCAUUGAUUUGCUUGUCACCCCUGGUUGCGGCGACACUGAUUGCCAUUUCGCGCUGUGAAGACUACAGACAUGACGUAUAUGACGUCUGUGUUGGAUCAGUGCUGGGGAUGAGUGUAGCAUAUUGGAGUUAUAGACGUCAUUGGCCGAGAUUGUCGAUUGCCAGGUGCCAUGAGCCGUAUCCUCGACCGGGCGCGGAUUUGCAGUCUGCAGCAUGGCAGAGGGUUCGUGAUGAGGAGGAAGGUGGCCGUGCUAUGGAUGACGAAUAUGAGCUUCAACCACAACGACCGUCAAGAGGCUGA